GUGUCACGUGUUGAUGCCGUCGCGUGCUUCUCAGGGCGGGAACCCGGAAGCGCCGGCCUCACCGACUGCUUCGCGGGUGGGCGGGGAGCCUCUGAGCGUGGGCAGAGCGCCCCGGCCCCGCCCAGACGUGGGCACGUGCAGAACCCCUCCCCCGCAGCCCCGCGAGGCAGGCCAGCAGUAGGCCGGGCGACCCUGCCCUUCACCCAGGAAGCCCCGCCGCCCACCCUGCAGAGCAGACCAGAGCGGCGGAGGAGGAGCCACGACCCCCGCAGGCAGCGGGCAGAGGCUGGGCCGGGGGCGCCUUGGCCGGGGCCGCCAUGCAGCGCUGAAGGGCAGGCGGGCCAGAUGGCCACCUCCGCCCCGCCGGACCCGGCAGCUGCCGCUGGGUGGGACUGCUUUUUCCUUUAUGACGGCUCCAAGGUGAAGGAGGAAGGGGACCCCACGCAAGCUGGGAUUUGCCAUUUCAGCCCCUCUCAGACGCCUCUGAGCCGGCAGGAGCUGCUGUGCAGCCAGGUGGCUGGCGUGGUCCGCUGGACAACGGAGGUCUCGGGUUCUCCGCCGCAGAUCAUUCGGCUGAGGAAACUCAAGUUUGCUGUGCAAGUGGACGGCAGCUACCUUUGGGUGCUGGGCUGCCCGACUGACCUGCCCGACUCCAGCUGCCAACGCUUCUUGGAUCUCCUGAUCGGCCUCUUCUGCUUUCACAACGGACCCCUUCCUCAAGCUUAUGAGGAGCGGCCGUGGGAAGAGCUGGGCCGGGAGUGGGAGAGGUACUUGAGGCAUCUGCAGCAGGACUCCAGCGGCCUGCACCGCAUCUUCAGCUCCCUCUGGGCCCUGGACAGAACCAAGGUGGAUCCGCUGCUGCUGCUGAAAGCGGCCCUCAUCUUGCAGACGUGCCAGCGGGCUCUCUACGUGCUGGCCGGAUGCAUCACCUACAAGGGGCGGGUUGUCAGCACCCAGCUGCCCCCCAGCCUCACUGCCAAAGUUCUGCUGCAAGAGGCAGAGACAGACCCCCAGGAGCUGCCCGCAGGCGGAGGUCAGGCGCAGGAUCAGAAAAGCCCUCGGCUGCCCCUCGACGCUUCCUGCUUACCUCAGGGUGUCCAGAUCACCCCGGUUUAUCUCUUGGAAAGUGAAGCAGCCACAUUGCGGGACUUCCCUGUGGAGUGGACGGCUGGGAGUCCGGGGGGCUCAGCUGCAGCAUCGGCACCCAUCGGCAGCGGGCCUGGCGGGGCGGCUCUGGUGAAGAUGGCCUUGUAUGUCCACCAGGUGCACGGCCUGGCGCUGGCCCUCCUGGCGGAAGAGCCGUUUGCAGAGAGCAGGAGCUCCGUGGAGGACGUGUAUCACAGCAGCCUGGCCUCGCUGAACGGCUUGGAGGUCCACCUCAAGGAGACCCUCCUGAAGGACGGCCCCUCCUCAGCCAAGAACUCCUACGGCUUUGCACACUAUGACUCGAUCCAGAACGUUCUCACCACUAACUUCCUGCCAACCACCAGUCCCCAGGACGAGCACCUCCUGAGAGCCAUGGGCUUGAUCCACGCUGACUUUGACCAGCUGCCAACGGCAUCGGAAAUAACAGUCCGAAACGCCUCCACGGCUGUGUACGCCUGCCGGAACGCUGUGCAAGAAACGUACUUCCAGCAACUGGGCUCCCCUCUCCGCCAUUCAGGGGCGCCCAAUCCCCGCGACAGCGCCUUCGCCCUGCCCUCCAAGGCCAAGCAGAAGCUGCUGAAGCACGGGGUGAACUUGCUGUGAGGCCGACAGUCUGCGGCAGGAAGCAAACCUCGGGGACUCUCCGGCACAGCGGAAAGCCCUUCCUGUUCUGGAGCAGCUUGGGGGGCGGGGAACCCCUCUGACGGGCAGGAUUUGGCAGCUGCUGGCAGGAGGGGCGAAGCCUCUGGUAGGAGCUGUGCUGCCCCUUUCCCAGCUGACUGCCUCUGGGAGGGGGGCAGGGAGAGGACCACGAGACACCUGCUAGAACAUUCCAGGCUCCUGUCUAAAAACUCUUUGAAUCUGCAGAGGGUGAGCGGGUGGGGAGAGCUUCUGAAGGCACAACAGUGACAUGCAGAAGGGGGGCAGGGUGGGACGGAUGGUGGCCCCCUGGUCUGCACUGGGUGGACGAGGGUUAUUCUCUGCUCCCAGAGUUUAACUGCUUGGCAGUUCUGUCGCUGGUGGGGGUGGGGGGGGGGGCUGUGGUGGGUCAUUUAACUUUUUCAUGCACAGAUCCCAAAUGUUUGACAUGGAACACCCUGACCUCCCUCUCUCUCUGUGGGGAGAGAAUUGAGAAUGGGAAGAGGGGAAAGGAACAGUUGCUUCGGGGUGCAUCUCCUGCAUUGUGUGAGGGUAGCACUGACCUAAUAAAGUGUCUCCCUCCAGCCUGA